AUGCAAGCUAAAUUCGAGAUGAAGCUUAUACUUCUUAUGAUUCUAAACGUUUUUACUGCAAAGCUUGAAGAAGAGUCAAUAACACCACACGAAGACAGUAAAUGUGAGUUCCAUACUGCGAGUCUAAAAUUCUCUAGUAUUUCGAAUAAAAGCUCUGUGCAAUCUGGUUCUACCAUACCUUGGGUCUCUAAACAUGAAGCAUAUUUCUUCACCGCAUCAUCCCCGGACAAAGACAACCAUGAACUGCGUGUAUGCAAGAAUUGCUAUUCCCAAUUUGAAUUGUUUCAAUCUGUAUUGGACUGUGUUAAAAAUGGAAAAGUAUAA